GCUCUCGGAUGUCUGCAGGCGUUCAGACAGGUGAAUGCAUCUCAUUGGUUGGCGAGAGGCAUGAUGCCACCCAGCAGCUCUUUUUAAGAGAAAAGCCAGGACCGGAGAAGCAGCCACCCCUGAGCAUUGCCUUCUGAGCUGUUCUGUGGGACCUAGCUGCGGAGUCAGGCCAACAUGAGUGAGAGACAAAGUGCCGGAGCGACCAACGGAAAAGACAAGACGUCAGGAGAUAAUGAUGGGCAGAAGAAAGUCCAAGAAGAAUUUGAUAUCGACAUGGAUGCACCAGAGACAGAGCGUGCAGCUGUGGCCAUUCAGUCUCAGUUCAGAAAAUUCCAGAAGAAAAAGGCGGGAUCACAGUCCUAGUGGGGAAGCUGCUUCCUGGUCCACCUGAAGACACCAAGUUCAACCACCGUCCAUCAAGAAGUGAAAAGAACAAUACCCUAGAGAGAAGUCAUCCACACUCAGUACACACCCCGCUGCAAACCUGAAAUGCAUGAACAGAAACCCAAUAGUAUUUAUGACCCUAUAGGCAAGUGUCCACAAUAAAAUUGUGAGUAGCUUGAUCUAUUUAUCUCCAUUUCAAUUCCUCUGCAACGAUUUUCCUUGAUGUUGUAAUAAAAAGGAGGUAAGAUGAUUGAA